GAAAGGUGGAGGUGUGCGGGCCGCCAUUACUAUUAUCAUCAUCUCUCUGUGAACAGCCGCGGCGGCCGAAUGAAUCCCUGAACACACGCGAGAUCUCUUGCCAUGAGUGUCAGCAUUGUCAGCAUUACAGGGUCCAUUGAGUGUUUGAGUCCAGCUGAAGGAAUGGAGUCCACACGGCUGAAGUCUGACGGAUCCAGAAAUCAGAGCUGCCCCAUGGAGCGGCUCUACACGCCCCGGCCGCACCGCCAUCUGAAGGGCACCAAGGAGAACCGGGAGCUGGGCUCGGCCACUGCUCCACACCGCAGAGAUCCACGCAGCUCCGGGGACUCCAGCACUGAGAGCAAGAGGGAGCUGGCGCUAACCUGGUGUGAGACUCCGAAGCUGUGCAGGAAAAACAGCACGCUCCGCAGGCGUCUGCUGGUGUCCCAGUCGUCCUCAGAUGGCAGUAAAAGCAGCUUCACCACACCUGGAGAAACACACCUGAGCCUGAGUUUUGACUCUCCGGACGAGACCCCGAGUGGCCCGCUGACCAACAGCACACUCAAAGCAGAGCACAGCACCUUCUCCUGCCGCAAGAGACGUCUGCUGUUCUCACAGGCCGUCACGUCCACUCUAGAUUCAGGCCGGAGCGGCGUCUCGCUGACCCCGGAGCCUUAUCAGAGCCAGUGUGUGGAUGCGGAGCCAGAUUUAGACGACAGCAUCAUCGCAGGUCCGCCAGGGUCUCCACAGGCUGAAAUCCUUACACCGCUGCAGACCGCAGACCCCACACUGCUCACGCCAGCACUGGAGGACAGCGGCUUCAGUUCUUUGGGUCUGGAUAAAUCCCAUGACUCCUCAGUGGACCAUGACGGGUCCUUCCAGGAGCUGGUGGCGCCGGCGGGCUCCUGCGGCAGGGAAAAGCGGCGCUCACGGCUGGAGCGGCAGCGGAGACUGUCCACGCUGCGGGAGGGAGGAUCUCAGUCUGAGGAUGCGCACAGACCCCGACACACACGCACCUGUAAAGAUGAGGUGUUCGAGGACAGGACGCCGCUGAGCGCAGCUACGCUGAAGAUGGAGGAGCUGACGCUAACGCCAGCGCUGCAGGUGGUGCACGCCAUCAGCACACGCGCACGUCAGCACAGCAAGAACACCAGCCUGGAGGAUCUGCUGCGCGUACUGGAGGAGGACGCCCCCUACAGGCCCAGGCUGCCGCUGUCGGGGCUCAUCGGCCGGAAGAUGGGUCUGCAGACGCUGGAUCUGAUCUCUGAGCUGAGGAAAAGAAACCUGAGACACGUGCUGGCGAUCAUCCUGAGUCUGCUGUCAGCCGCGGACAUCUACCGGUUCGGCCUGGUGUCUGAAGAGUGGAGUGACGUGAUCUCCGAGGAUAAAAGAGCUGCUCACCGGAGGAAAAACCACAUCCGAGAGCUCAAGAGCACAGUGGAGGGUGGCAGACUGGCGCAUGUUCCCGAUGCGGACACCAGGGCGGCGCUGGCGUGCAGGUCUGCUCUGGGCAGUGUUCAGGCUCAGGCCCGCACACCGCACACACACACCUCUAUCACGCCGCGGCAGAGCAGCUCCAAACACACACAGUUCCUGCAGGUGGCCAAAACCCUGUUCAACGACGAGUUCCUGAAGGCAUGCCCGCGCUGCCAGCACCCAGCCGUGUGCCACCCUGUGCGUUUGGAGGGCGUGUGCAGCUGGAGCGACUGCAGCUUCCGCUUCUGCACGGCGUGUCUGUGUGCUCUGCACGGCUCCAGAGACUGCACACCGCAGCCGCUCACACGCAGACGCAGCCGCAGAACCGACACACUGCUGCCGGGGAGUGCGCAGAGCAAACGCAACGUCCGGAGACUCUGAGUGAGUGAGUGUGUGUGUGUGUGUGAGAGAGAGUGUGAGUGUGUGUGAGUGAGUGUGUGUUUUAAUUAUGAACUCAACAUGACUUUUGCACUUGUACAGCAUCUCUUCAGUCUUGUUUAUGCAUGUUUGUAUGUGCUGCUCUUCACAUGCUUGCUUUUAUACAUUGUUUUAAAUAAAGACCUUUU